AAUUCGACAGAUGUCAUUGCUUUUCUAAAAAAGAAGCAGAAGGAAAUAGGUUUUUUAUUUUCUAUUGAUGUCGAGGAUUUGUUCUACUCUGUACCGCAUACAGAGCUGUUUAAGUCUGUCCGAGAGUGCAUUGAGUGUAAUGGAACUGUUGCAUUUCAAAAUUCUGUGGGCAUUAGUGUGGACAAGUUUAUGUCGCUCCUCGAGUUUUACCUUCGGGCGACGGUUGUUUCCUUUGACUCAGGCUUGUUUGUUCAAAAGAAAGGGAUAUGCAUUGGAUCUUGCGUUGCCCCUGUGCUGUGUAAUAUUUUUUUAUCUUCCAUUGACCGGGAUUUAGAAUCCACGUUUGACAAAGGCACUGUCCUGCAAAUUUUUAGAUACGUGGAUGACUUUUUGGUAGUUUUAGCAGCUGAUUUUAAUCUGACUUAUGACAACACCGUACAAAGCGUAUUAUGCUACUUUAAAAACCUAGGGAAAGGCCUGAGUUUUACGCAUGAGGUGCCGCUGAACAAUAGCCUCCAAUUUUUAGACAUAAACAUUAGAUGUUGUGAUGGAAACGUGUGUUGGAUGUAUUCGCCAAGAGCAAAGAAAGAGCUGUUACCGUAUAACUCUUCACACUCUAAAACGGUAAAGAGGGCCAUCGGUUCUCUUUGCCUUGAAUCUGCCCUGACAAAGUCAUGUGAGCACAUGCUUGAGACGAGCUUCACCGCCCAGAUAGAGAGACUAAAAAACGCUGGCUUUCCCAGUUCUGUUUUGUCAGCUGUUGCUGAAACGUUACUACAAAAAAUGAAAGGAAAAAAGAAAACCAAACAGACAGGUCCAGAGCAGAGGAUACCACAGGUGUUGCCCUAUACGCACCGUGUAGCGCAUGGCUUGAAAAAAGUGGCGUUCAGGUUUGGAGUGUCCGUGGUAUUUUCCGCACCAAGGAAAUUGGGUGGUUUGUGUGCACGCAUCGGGAAAAAGAAGAAGUUUCAGUGUGAGGCGAAGCAUGGGAAGGUUUUUGUGAAGUGUGUUGUUGGCGUGGUGUAUGCAAUUCCAUUGACGUGCGGGAUGUUAUACAUAGGCCAAACAGGGCGUUGUGUGAAUUUUAGGGCCUGGGAACAUUUCAAAUCACUUGAGAAAGGCACAGGCUCCAAUCUAGCCCUUCAUUGUAAACAGUGCAAUUGUAAGCCACUGCUGAACGAAAUCAAGAUUUUAGGCAAAAGCCAUGAAAAAUUGGCACGGGAAAUUUUGGAAGCUUUUCAUAUUGCAAAGAGUGGUGAAGCAUGCUGCAGCGAUAGC